UUGUGCCUUUAUGUCGAAGGGAACAUGACUGAUAUAUAUGAUGCUAUUUCUGAGGCGGACCGUAAGAGUUAAAGACCGCGUACAAAGAAGAAGGUACAAAAGGAUUGAAAGACGUCAUCUUACAGAACAGGUGCAAGUGGAAAUCAAUGCCACUGAAAAUUGCUGUGACGGGUAAUUCUGGUGUAGGAAAAUCUAGCUUUAUUAAUUCGUUUUGUGGACUUUCUGCAAAGGACAAAGGUGCCGCAAAAGUUGGUGUGAUAGAAACCACCACUUAAAUUAAAUCUUACCCUUUCCAUGGAAAUGACAAGUUUGUCUUGUUCGAUAUUCCAGGUGUUGGAUCAACAAAGUUUCCGAAAGCCACAUAUCUCGAACAGAUAGGGUUUGAGAAAUUCGAUUUUUUUAUCAUUAUGACAAAAAGCCGGUUUACAGAGAAUGAUGCUUGGCUUGGCAACGUGGUUAAAGAGGGAAAAAAGAAGUGUUUCUACGUCAGAACACAAAUUGACACUGAAAUAAAUAAUGAGAGGUACGACAGAGGUGACGAUUUCAAUGCAACUGCUACGAUUGAGCAAAUGCGACAGGAUGCCCAAAAAUGUCUUAAAGAAGCCACAAUUGUUGCUCAUGUAUAUCUGAUCACGACCAGGCUGGAAAAUGCAUAUGAUUUUCCAAGAUUACAGGAAGCUGUGAUUGGAUCAGCAAUGGAAUUAAAAAGACACGCAUUGAUUGUCUUUUUGCAAAGUCUGUUGGAAAGUGUUGUUACUGAGAAAAUCGAACGGUGCAAAUCGAAAGUAGGUACGACGGCAAUAGUCUCGGCUCUUGGUGGAGCAAUACCUCUGCCAGGUGUAAGCAUUGGCGUUGAUGCAGCGGCUAUAACAUUCAAAGUAAGCCAUUACAGGAACAAACUAUUUCUUGAUGAAGAUUCACUUAAAGGUGUACAUGAAAACUUCUCAAUCAAUAUUGAUGAAUUGAAACUGACCUGUCGGGAAAUACAAUUUACAGAAGACGGCAUGCCUAUGGCUGUAUAUGCCAAUGCACUUGGGACUGUAGGUAAACUAGCUCUGCCGGUUCUUGGGUCCGCACUUGCUGUGAAAUUGUGCCUUGACGAUAUGAAAUCAAUUUUAUGUAAGAUUCUGGACGAUUUAAAAGGAGAUGCACUACGAAUCAGCAAAGAAAUUAUCGAACGACUGAUAUAAUUGAGUAAUGCUACAGCAACACCGUUAUUGUUUGAAAUUGAUCGUCUAGACAUGGAUAUUUGACAAUUGACCUACUGGGAACUCGUACUAUAUAAGCAUUGCAAGAAACGAUCUUCAGUACCGUUUUUCCAAUUUUGUUUUAAAAAGCCCAUUAUUCGGAUAUUCCUAAAGUGCUUUUUAAUCAUGAUUAUUUAACACCUGUUGUGUACAGUUUUGCUGUUUGGUGGAAAGACUUGUAACGGAAAGUAGUGAAAAGAACAAACAUCAUUAGAAGUUCCACUCAUCAGAAAGAAGUUUAAGGGACGAAAUGGUAUGUGUACUAUGGAAGAAUACUCCAAAAGUCAGUAUUAUUGUAUUGUAUUAUUUAGGAAUAAAACGAUGAUCGAGUA